UAUAAAUACACUCUCACAAAAUGCAAAUCAACACAACAAAGAACUGCAGUUCUUAAGCUCCAGUAGCUAUUUUUCCUUUGAAAUUUUAACAAAAUUUCGAGGAAGAAAUGGCGGAUCAGUCGUCUGAGAAGGUGGAAGUAGCUGCCACGGUCACGGACAACAAUGAAACGAUGAAAGGUCGAAAGAUGUCGUGGGCAAAGCUCCGUCGAGUUGAUUCACUGCAGAUGGAAGCCGGAAGAGUUUCUUUUACUUCCACCCAUGCUAAUCACUCUCAGGCAAGUUGGGGCAGGACACUGAGCUUAGCAUUUCAGUGCCUAGGAGUGAUAUAUGGAGACGUCGGGACAUCUCCGCUCUACGUGUAUUCCAGCACUUUUACUGACGGUAUCAUCAAGGAUAACGAUGACCUCCUUGGCGUGCUCUCGCUAAUUAUCUACACCUUGCUCCUCUCCCCUCUCAUCAAGUACGCCUUCAUUGUUCUCCGAGCCAACGACAAUGGCAAUGGUGGAACAUUUGCACUAUACUCUUUGAUCUCUCGUCAUGCCAAUAUGAGGUUAAUUCCAAAUAAUCAACCGGAGGAUAAGGAGUUGUCGAACUUCAGACUUAACACCCCAUCCAGCCAGUUUCAGCGAGCUGAGAAAAUUAAAAGCAAGCUUUCGAAGAGUAUGCCUGCCAAAAUCAUGCUUGUGAUGGUCACCAUCCUUGGAUGUUCCAUGGUCAUUGGUGACGGUAUUUUAACACCUAGUAUUUCAGUCUUAUCAGCAGUGGGUGGAAUCAAGAACAAAGUGGACUCCCUUGACCAAAAUGCUGUUGUGGGGAUUUCAAUAGCAAUACUGGUAAUUCUGUUCUCUGCUCAGCGAUUUGGGAGUGAUCGGGUGGGAUACACAUUCGCUCCAAUCAUUGUCGUCUGGUUUACAUUCAUAGGGGGCAUCGGCUUUUACAACUUAUUCAAACAUGACAUAACUAUUCUGCGUGCAUUCAAUCCAAAAUACAUCAUAGAUUACUUCAAAAGAAAUGGGGAGAAAGGUUGGAAGUCGCUUGGGGGAGUAGUUAUGUGCAUCACAGGCACUGAAGCUAUGUUUGCUGACAUUGGCCAUUUCAGCGUAUUAGCAGUCCAGCUUAGCUUUACUUCGGUGGUACUACCUGCACUACUAGCUACCUAUAUCGGCCAAGCUGCAUAUCUCUCCAAAAAUCCGGGUGAUGUGGCUGACACUUUCUAUGCUUCUAUUCCAGAAAAAGUUUACUGGCCAAUGUUUGUAGUUGCGGUGGCUGCUGCCAUUAUAGCCAGCCAAGCUAUGAUAUCAGGAGCUUUCGCGAUUAUUUCUCAGGCUUUAAGUCUAGGUUGUUUUCCAAGGGUGAAAGUAGUUCACACCUCUGCCAAGUAUGAGGGUCAGGUUUACAUCCCGGAGCUCAACUACAUGAUCAUGAUUUGCUCCAUUUUCGUGACUUUUACUUUCAAGACCACUGAAAAGAUUGGCAAUGCCUAUGGGAUCGCUGUUGUAGGUGUUAUGUUCAUCUCCACGUGUCUGGUCAGUCUUAUUAUGCUUAUUAUAUGGAAGGUGAAAUUAUGGUGGAUCGUGCUAUUCUUUACGGUGUUUGGUACUCUGGAGGGUGUAUACCUUUCUGCUGUCCUAUCUAAAUUCAUACAAGGGGGCUAUCUUCCUAUUGCAUUUUCACUUGUCUUGAUGUCAAUAAUGGGGAUAUGGCACUAUGUAUACGUUCAAAGGUACAAGUUUGAGCUCGAUAACAAGGUGUCUGCUAGUUAUAUACAGGACUUGGCAACAAACCCGAACAUAAACAGAGUCCCUGGCAUUGGGCUACUAUAUUCCGAGCUUGUCCAAGGAAUUCCACCAAUAUUUCCUCAUUUUAUUGAAAACAUUCCAUCUAUUCACUCGGUACUUGUUUUUGUAUCCCUAAAAUUCAUUCCUAUCAGUACUGUGAUGCUUGAGGAGCGAUUUUUGUUCAGACAGGUCGAACCAAGAGAGUACAGGAUGUUCCGUUGUGUGGUGAGAUAUGGAUACAAAGAUAAGAUAGAGGAGCCCAAGGAGUUUGAAAACCAGCUUGUGGAAAACUUGAAGGAGUUCAUGAGACAUGAACAAUACAUUGUCGAAGCUGGUAAUGGCAUAACUAAGGAUGAACUGAUGGCACCUGAGCCUGUUCACGACACAGAUGUAAUACAAGAAUCAGCAGACAAAGCUGACAAGGUAAAAGGAAGAACCAACUCAUCUACAAUUCACACUGAGGAGUCACUAGCACAACUGAAUAACUCCCCACGGAUUUCUUCUUCAAGCUCCAUCAAAUCAUUCCGAGCAGCCAAGUCACCCAAUACUUCAAGCAAAAUUAUCAGUGGACCUAUUCUAGGAGUUGGAGAGGAGUUGCAGUUUGUGCAGAAUGCAAAGGAAAAAGGCGUCGUUUAUCUUCUGGGAGAAGCAGAUGUGAUCGCCAAAGAAAAUUCCUCCGUGUUCAACAAAAUUGUUGUCAACUAUGCCUACAGCUUCCUCAGGAAAAAUUUCAGGCAAGGGGAGAAGACAAUGCAGAUCCCUCAGACUAGGCUUUUGCGAGUUGGAAUGACUUAUGAAAUAUAAUCUGCAAUCCGUAACAAAAUAAGAUGGGAGAUCGCGUGGCUUGGUAGGAACCAGAUGAGCUUUUAUAUGCUUCCAUCUGACUGGUCUACUUAAUAGUAUCUAAUAAUUUGUGGAAUUGUAUGUUAGAAACACUAUAAAAUCGGCAGCCUAACUAUUAUCUGUUGAACUGCACAUUUUGAUAGCGUAAUCUAUAUCUAUGUACAUGGAUUUGAAUAUUGUGUUUCUUGGAUGAUUAUAAAUGUAAAGAGUGAAGUUUUAAGUGUUA